CAGGAAUCAUCAACCUUUAUAUAAACCAAACCUUCAUUCUAAAUCUUUUCCACACAAAAAAAAGAGAAGGAAAAGGUUAAAACCUUUAUUUUCAAACCACCCUAAUCACUUCUCUUUGGUUUACAAAAAUGGGUCGACCAGACCAAACUCCGAGCCCGAGGAUGAACAAUAACUUUAAUCCGGUCUUUCAUGCACAAUCUGAACAACCGGUUGACGAGAAACGGGUUCUGCAAGCUGAGCAGAUAUAUCCCAACAACGGUGGAGUGGUUAACCAACCAAACCAAGUACCGAUGAGACCUGGUCCACCUACGUAUAUCAAUCAAAGUGCAACAUUUAACCAACCAUAUGGAGUAUCAAUGGCCGGACCGGUCCAUACACAGCCAUCGAACUGGACUUCAGGUCUAUUUGAUUGCAUGAACGACGGCGAAAAUGCUCUCAUCACAUGCUGUUUUCCAUUCGUCACGUUCGGACAGAUCGCAGAGGUUAUCGAUGAAGGAGCGACCAGUUGUGGGACGGCUGGAAUGUUGUAUGGGUUGAUAUGUUGUUUGUUUGCGAUACCGUGUGUGUAUACAUGCACAUUCCGGACCAAGCUCCGAAGCAAGUACGGGUUACCGGAUGCUCCAGCUCCAGAUUGGAUCACUCAUUGCUUCUGUGAAUAUUGUGCUCUUUGCCAAGAAUAUCGUGAACUCAAGAAUCGUGGCCUUGACCCUUCCAUUGGAUGGAUUGGGAACGUGCAAAAGCAGCGAAUGGGUCAGCAACAAGAGAUGAUGGCUCCUCCAAUGGGUCAACGAAUGAUGGGUUGACUUUGAUGACUAUUUUUAUACCAACAUGUUUCUCUUAAUAAACUUGCUAUUCAUUUGUGUUUUCUUUCUUUCUUAAUUUGUACCAAAACAUAAAUGUCAAUGAGGCUUCGUUUUUCGUGAGUGGGCAUCAACUACUAUGCUACAGUUCUAAUAAUUAUCAUAAUAUUAGUGAGAACCAAUUUUCUCAAUCUUUUCUUUUGAAAACGAAAUCAUGAUCUUGAGGGUAUUGUGAUA